AUGGCGCCCGCACCAAUUGAUGAGCGUAUCAAGGACGUUGCGGAGCCCCGUAAAGACACCCUUAGUCUUCCCGAACCCGCUCUCCAACGCUUGAAGAAAGCGGGCAUUGACCUGUCAAACGGCUACCCUUAUCGCCCAUCAAGGCCUCUUUACCUGCAAGAUGUCUACAACAUCAGGAAUAAAGAAUGGAAGCACGUAGACGCCGGGGCGCGUGCGGAUAAGUCAAAGUCGGCGCUGCUAUCCGCCGCCACCAAAGUCACAGAUCUGACUAGCCAUAUCGGAACCGAGAUCGAGGGUCUGCAGCUGAAGGACCUUACGAACCAGCAAAAGGACGAACUAGCUCUCCUCAUCGCCGAGCGGAGCGUUGUCUUCUUUAGGAACCAGACGGACCUAUCGCCCCAAGACCAGCUAGCGCUAGGAAAGUACUACGGCGAGGUCGAAGUCCACCCUCAAGUCCCGCAAGUCCCCGGCAAUCUCGGCGUGACCGUCAUCUGGCCCGACCUGCAAGCCACCGAGCGGGCCGCCAACUUCCGGAACCCGGGGGGAGCGUCGCGAUGGCACUCGGACCUGGUGCACGAGCUGCAGCCGGCGGGGAUCACGCACCUGCACCUGGACACGGUGCCGCCGGUGGGCGGGGACACGCUGUGGGCGAGUGGGUACUCGGCGUACGAGAAGCUGUCGCCGGACUUCCGGAAGCUGAUCGACGGCAAGCUGGCCGUGUACCGCUCCGCGCACGGGUACCUAGACCGGGAGAACCCAGAGCUGGGGCCGCGGUACGUGGAGCGGGUCCACCCGCUGGUGCGCGUGCACCCGGCGACGGGCUGGAAGGCCCUGUGGGUCAACCGGGCGAUGACGGACCGGAUCGUGGGGCUGGACCGCGCCGAGAGCGACGUCAUCCUGAACUACCUGUACGACGUGUACGAGCGCAACGUCGACAUCCAGGUGCGGUUCCGCUGGACGCCGGGGACCAGCGCGCUCUGGGAUAACCGCAUCACGAUCCACAACGCGUCGUGGGAUUACAACGGCAGGCACCCCAGGCACGGCACCCGCGUGACGUCGUUGGCUGAGAAGCCGUACUUCGAUCCCGCGGCGCCGACGAGGCGCGAGGCCCUUGGGCUCCUGGAUGAGAGCGAGAAGCAGAUUGAUGGACCUGCUUAGAUGGCCACCAUACAUAGCUGCAUCAAAUAUAUUUAUGAAGAUACCUCCUCUCAGCAACAUUCUGUGAGUGCGUACAGAUAAACAAUUCCAAAACCGUUGUAUCAAGAUUCUUUGAAAAGUCUCAUACCACCACGUCUACCAAUGGUGGAAAAAAAAAAAAUCUUAUUCGCACGACUUUAGUUUC